UGUUUUGGCUUCCGGCGAGCCGAAGCCAAGCACAAAGAUUUGGUGCCCAAAGUGUUAAGUAGGCCAUGCCCUAAAUCCGAGUACCAACAUGUGCGCGGGUUUGCCGGCACUACCACGUGUGCAAGUGCGAAGCGUGCUUAACGCGAAACCUGCCGAACGCAAUCACCGCCGCUUUCUGGACGCCGAUGAUGAGUUGUUCGUCCGUUGUCUAAGUCACGCUGAUCGGUGUUCAACGGGUUAAAUACCUCGCCCCUGAAGAUUGCCCAUGAUGACCGGAGCGUCGUCGACGAGGACGCAGUCCUUCGAGAAUGCAGCUGAACAGAGAAAUAACAAUCCCUGUUUUAAGGAACAGAAGUUGAGCAUGAAAUGCCUCGAGGACAACGGCUACGACUAUGACAAAUGCCAGGCCUACUUUGCGAACUUCAAAGCAUGCAAAGGGUUCUGGUUGGCCAUCGUCAAGGAUCGACGAAGGAAAGGCAUCCAUCCCGCAAUGCCACCGCUCGAGGAACGCGAUAGCAUCAAGCAGGAGUACCUAAAGCAAGAAGCGCAGAGACGACGGAGCGGUGGGCGGCCAGGCAGCUAACUGCUCGUUUAUUGACUACCUAGCGGUUGACCCAGCGAUGCACCGUCUCCUCCCAGUCCGUGUUGGCUGCCUCCUCUUCGUCUUCGGUGCGCACGUAGCUGUCGUCGUCAGUGGUUCCCGGCUGGAGGCAGCUGGGAGACAGCUCCUGCGGACAUGCCAACUGUUUUGCUGAAUUGUGCAGAGUCUGUGUUUUGAAAGAAGCACCAGGCACAAAAACCUCAGCUUAGAGGGUGUGCCCAACAAGAGAUCCAGUGCUAAUACCCACAGUAAUGUGCACUGACAAGUAUGGCAUGAUCUACACAGGCUGUAGAUUCUGUCGCACUGGCAGGUUUUCAAGGAUUAUAGGAAAAAAUAAAGUACGAGCAAGCCCUACGGUAUAGCCUUUAACAAAAACUAAAUAAGCCCCACAUGUACUGUAGGGUUGCUGCAAGUGGUCUAGUCUUACACUCCGCUAAUGAUGUCACAUUCUAGCUCUAUGUUAAUAAAAUGAUUUGUUGCCACC